UCAGCAUUUUCCCGAUAACUGAAGGUCCGAAGCCAUCUCUGUCCAAGAGAGCCGCCUUCAAGCCCUAGAGGCAAGAGAGACCCACGCCUUCUCCACAUGAACUCUCUCUCCGUCCAAACGUACUCUAAAGGAGCUAGUUCUUGUUGUUUAUUAAUUGGUUGAUCGGUCAAUCAGACAAUCUGAGAAGAAGGAGAUGGAGAAUGGAUACGAUGACGACAAUUUGGCCGACAAAUUCUCAGGCUUGGCUGUCUCAGCCAGCACCACCACCACCAACAACAACGACAGCUUGUUUCAGGUGAUGAAAGCCGUGGAAGCCGCUGAGGUCACCAUCAAACAACAGGCUGAAGAGAAUACUCGUUUGUGGAACGAGCUUCACCAGAAAAUUCUUCAACUCGAGAGAUACAAAGCAGAUGAGUCAAUGGCUCAAAGGUCUCGUUCUGUUGAUACAUGGAAUGAUCGUGUUCAUGGAUCCUAUGAACCCCAUCACUCAGUUCCCUCUAUAAUUAAUCAGGAAAAUAGGGUAAAGAGCAUGGCAAACGCUUUUGGAACUGGUCCACCCGGCCCCCUAGCUCUCCGUCCAGAUUUGAAGCCAAACAGCGAUCCUGCUCUGCAAAAUCAAGCAGAAAGCCACUCUGAGAGCAACAAGAUCAAUGGGACAUUGAAGGUGUUUCCUGGUGGCACGCCACUUGCAGAUAACAUUGGUUUCUCGCAAGUCUCAUCACCAUCUACAACAUCCUUUUCUCCUGGCAGGUAUCAAAUGGAAGGAGAGUAUGAUCCACGGUUCAAUUUAUCUGGACAGGGACUGAUGCCAAUUACUGAAGUAAAUAAUUCUAGUAGCCCUUGGAAGCAGGAUCUUGUUUUCAAGAUUCGUGAACAUGAAGAAGAGAUUAUGCAAUUACGGAAGCACCUUGCAGAUUAUUCUAUGAAGGAAGCGCAAAUACACAAUGAAAAAUAUGUUUUGGAAAAGCGCAUUGCUUAUAUGCGUCUGGCAUUUGAUCAGCAGCAACAAGACCUUGUUGAUGCUGCAUCAAAAGCUCUCUCAUACAGACAAGACAUAAUUGAGGAAAACAUACGUCUAACAUAUGCAUUGCAGGACGCACAGCAAGAAAGAUCAACAUUUGUUUCGUCUUUGCUGCCUCUUCUAGCAGAGUACUCUCUGCAGCCCCCAGUUCCUGAUGCCCAGUCCAUUGUUAGCAACGUCAAGGUCUUAUUCAAACAUUUGCAGGAGAAGCUCCUUCUUACUGAGUCAAAGCUUAAAGAGUCACAGUAUCAAUUAGCACCCUGGCGUCCAGACGUGCCCCACUCGAAUUUCGCUCCACAGUCACUGUCUCACCCCAUUGGUGUAGGAUUGACAACUUCCAACAAAAAGGGGCUUGAACUGGUCCCUCAACCAGCAUAUUCUCAUGGAAAGAUAUCGGUUUCUUCUUCUAAUGUUCAUACACCCACGGAUUGGGAGCUAUCAGGUCGCCAUCAAAGUGGUUUGGGUGGUGUUGUAGCAAAGAAUCCGGAACCUGAUGAUUUGGGGAGGUAUUCACCUUUUGCAAGCAGGAAUUCUGCAGCCCAUGAUAUUUCUGUACAGCUUGAUGUUACUCAAAGUGAUGCGCAUGUUCCACGUUAUAGUGAAGAAACUACCAGUAAGCAGGUAACAUUUCGUGAACCUGUCAGUAACAGUGAGAUGGAUGACCCAGAAUCAGAGGGAAACCAGAAUGAAAGAGAACCUUCUGCAAACUGGAGUUCGGGAAACUCCCCUUACACUACUGCGAUUGACGAUUCUGGCUCCUCAUAUUCUCCUUAUCUACCAGCAGUCCUUGAAGAGCCUUCUUCUUCCUUUUCUGAAGCUGCAGAUGAUGAUCCAUUACCGGCAAUAGAGGGACUUCAAAUAUCAGGUGAAGCACUUCCUGGACAGCAGCUCCAGGCAUGCGGAUAUUCAAUUAAUGGAACAACGAAUUGUAAUUUUGAGUGGGUACGGCACUUGGAAGAUGGAUCUGUCAAUUACAUUGAGGGAGCAAAGCAACCAAACUAUCUUGUCACAGCUGAUGACGUUGAUACAUAUCUUGCUAUUGAAGUGCAGCCUCUGGAUGACAGGAAGCGCAAGGGAGAGCUUGUAAAGGUUUUUGCCAAUGAGCACAAAAAGAUCUCUUGUGAUUCUGAAAUGCAAAACCACAUAGAGAAGGCUCUUUAUAGUGGUCAUGCUUCAUAUAAAGUAUCUUUGUCGACUGGAUACCUUGAUAUAUGGGAACCAGCUACAUUGGCCGUUAAGAGGGAAGGUUACAGUGUCAAGUGUAGUGGACCAAGUGGUGUUGUAAUCACUGAAAAGUUUUCACCAACCAUCAGUGUUACAAUUCCCUAUGGACAUCAUUCAGAAUUUUUAAUAACUGGCUCUGGUGGUGUUGAGCAGAUCUUACGAGCUGAUAACAACUCGACCGAUGUUAGCAGGUAUUUCUAGAGAUACCAUUGUGCUCACCUUGAGAUUAUUCAUCCUAAGGGCUGGUGAGAGAAGAAAAGGAAAGAAGAGGGGUCUAUUCUUUAACAAGUAGCGUACAUAUAUUCUACAGCAAAGUUCAACUCGGAAAGAAUAUGGUUUUGUGGCUUUCUAGUUACGCAGUUGUUUUCCUGGGUGGCUGCCAAAGUUAAUAGGGUGGCUUCUGUUUGCCAUUAGUAUUUAUAAGAAGGAAUGAGUUUGAGUUGUAAUCGCCAAGAGUAAUGCAACAGUUUUUUUUUUUACCUCCAUGCUCUCUCUCUCUCUCUCUCUCUCUCGGGGGGUGUGCACACAUUGUGUUCAUGCAUCCGCCUAUGCACAUUUGUUUGUUCCCAAUUGUCGAUGUCCAAAGUAAUUUCUUCAUUUUCA